AACGUAAAGCACCUUUGAAAGUAAAUAAAGUAUAUCAGCUGAUAUUAUGACGUAAUUUCCGCAUCAACAAACAUGGCGGAUGUUUCAAACUUACCACACGGAAAGCCGAUUAAUAAUAUGUUUGUUUGGUGACUAAGAUAUAUUCAUUUAUAAUGGGUAGCGGCAACAAAUCAUUAGUUGUUAUAUCUGUUUUGGGAGGUAAAUAUUUGAUUUUUAAAUGUAAUUGUGCUCUGUUUUUAAGGUUUUAAUUCUGAAAAAAAUAUUAUAUCAUUAUAGUUUAGUGUUAUGAUGCAGGUCCAUUCUUGUCUGUGAUACUGCUCCUAGUGGCUGCUUUCUUUAUUUUAUUCACCAAAUUAACACUGCUUCUGUCUCAUACGUUUUACAUUUUAAUCAGUAUUCACAUUUUAGGCCUAAAGAUUUUCUUUUGCAGCGGUUUUGGGUUUAAAAUAUUGUGAUGGCUUACUUACUGGACUCAGUCUCAGCUUUAUUAUAAUUUAUAAAGUUGAACGUUUAUAAAUUAUACUAUACUGGGGUAAAAAAUGCAUAAUUUAGUGGUGUCAUGUGUAACUGAAACUGAGAAAGAAAAAAAAUGAAUUUAUUAAUGAUCAUCAUUGAUCAGUUCUUUUAUUCUAAUGAUAUAUGAAUAUGUAAAUAGAUAUAAAUUAAAAAUAAAAUAUAUAAUGUAUACUUUUUAUAUUAGUUCCGUAAUCUACGGAGUCCAGAUGUCCCGGUUUACCCGGAACAGUCCCUAUUUUCACAUCAUCUGUUCCAGCAUCCCUAAAAGGUUAGGAAGCAUCCUGACCUGUGGCGUUUCUAACAAACUGCUUACAAGGCGAUUUUUCUAGAGUUGCGCAGGAUUAGUCAUAUCAGACCUUUCUUAACAUUCGAAGCAUCAAACAGGCUGAUGUCUGCAUUCGUGUUAUCACGCAUGGACUACUGCAAUGCUUUCAUGGUGGGUCUCCCAGCUACGCUCCUGGAUAAAAUUCAAAGAGCACAGAAUAAUGUUCUACGCAAAUUCGACCAUGCUAAAACACUUCUGAGAGACCUGCACUGGCUGGCGGUCUGCCCUCGCAUGGAGUACAAAAUUGCAACUUUGUGCUACCGCUGCUUACGUGACCUGGCGCCGUCCUAUCUCAAAGCACUCGUGACGCCUUAUGUACCCACUAGACAGCUCCGCUCAUCCGAUAGUGGCAAAAUAUCGAUACCACAUGUUCGCCUUGAGACUUACGGAAAGCGCACUUUUGCAUUUGACGGCCCAAUAAUUUGGAACACCCUUCCAGUCGCUCUCAGCCAGACACUGGAGUUCUUUAAAAACGAUUUAAAAACACAUCUAUUUCGCAAACACCUACUGGGGUGAUGCUAUCUACCAUCUUUUUUCCAGUUAAUGUAUAUUGGAUUAUGUUGCAUAUGGUUAAAAUGGAAUGAAAGACUUUGACUUGGUAUGCUCGUAUGUAGUUUUAUAUUGUUGCAUCUGUUUUUAAAUGUGGUAAAUUUUAUAUUGUUUUUAUUUCUCUUUUGAAUAUGGUUGACUUUGUACUGCACUUCUAGCUUUUGGGGAUGAAGCCUGUUUUUCAAAUAAACUUUAUUAUUAUUAUUAUUACUUUUCCCUAGGCAUUCUGCUCAUCAUAACGUCAACUGAACUGUACAUUAGUGUACAUGAUGAACUGAAACUGUUCAACUAUUUUCGUUUUAACUUGUGUUCCUAUUUUCCAAGUUGUUUUCUUACUUUUUAUUGUCAUUGACACAGUGUGUGAUGCCAAAAGCAGACUGCAAAUUUAAUAAGACUUAACAGAAAAAAUAUCUUUUCAUAAAACACACAAAGAGUAAAUUAGACGCACAGUGCAUCACAUGUAGUGCAGAAUUUUCUGUUGCACAUGAGUACAGGCAGACACAGCAGCAAUAGGUGCAAGUGCAUCUACAAGAAUUCUUACAAAGUUCUUCAGAAAUGCAAGUUGUGGAUCAAAAGAAAUGCAAUUAGCAUGCAUAAAGUAUUUGAAAGAUGUGCUGGAAAAUGCAAUUUCAUUGGUACAUCCAAUCAUAAGGUCAAGUUUUUUUUUAUGCUUGCUAUUUACCUGGAGAAACAUCUGCUGUACACCACAAAUAUAUUAUGAAAACACUGGAAUCACAAUACAAAUUUUGGUGGUGCAGAGAUUGGUGGGUAAAAACAAUGCUUAUUGCAAACUAAAUGAAACUAACAUUCAGUCAUAACGUUCUUGAAUAUGCAGCACACUUUGUUCACAUUACUAAUCAGUCAGCAGCGGAAUGUCUUCCUGUAAAUAUUAAAUCAGUUAUUUAUAAGAUAUGUAUGUACUUUCACAUAUUCCCAGUUUAAGUUGCUGCCUGACAAGAAUUAUGUGAUUUUAUUUCAGUAGAGUAGAAGCUACUAAGUUACAGCAAAACCAGAUGGCUCAAUAUAAUGUCAGCUACAGAAAUUAUUAAAAAUAUAUUCUGGGCUGAAAUCCUACUUCCUCUCAUGAGACAAAUACCCUGUCUUGCUACAAGUUUUUUUUUUGUGAAGAUCCAACUGCAUUUUAUACAUAAUCAGGCAUCAUCAUUUCAAGCAACUGUUCAGCAAAUUGAAAACUACAAAAUGUGUUGAAGUGUACAGAUCUUUGCAAGACCUUUAUGACAAAUGCAGGGAAAGAGCAAGACAGACGCUCAUUCCAAUGAUAGUUCAAAGUAAGUUGAAGGAGUUAGAGAAAGAGAGUGAUACCAUGAAGUUUUAUUCACAAAUGAUUGAAUUUUAUGAAACAAAUGCAUAUUAUCUGGACCACUGGUGCAAUCAAUUUGAAGGGAUAGAUAUUUUUGAUCAGAUGCUUUUGAGAUCACAACCAUCAUGGGAAGAUGUACAAAAGUGCAUUGGUUUUGUGAAUUACUUAUUUCCUGACAAAAUAAAUAACAAUGAACUGUUUGAGAUCUCCAUUAUCCAAAGAUAUGUCACUGCUAAAAAAAGUUAAUCUGUGGGCUACUGCAGAAUUCCCAGAAGAUAAAUGAUGGAUGGAAAUCUUUAUUAACCAUUAUAUUCUAUGUGAUAAUAUCAAACUCAUGGCAGAAUCUGCUUUAUGUCUUCCAGGGACAAUUGAUUCCACUUAAAUAGUCAUUAAUAACAUGUGGACAUCAGAUGUAUUGCAAAGUCGAUACAUUGAAACAUAUCCAUGGUUGUCAAAUGCAGUGAUUCAUGUGACAAAAAUGUUAUUUAAAAAUCCUGAUGUCCUGUGAGCUCUCCACUUGUCUCAGAAAUAUUAGUGUGUCAUAAUUAUGAAAUAUUAUUAUUCACUUGUUGAUUCUUCAUAUUUCUGACAUAUGUUUGCUGUGUCAAUUUAUUUUUGUAUUUUUAGAUGGCAGGUGUUAGUUUUUCACUGGCAAUCUGUUAAUUGAAAAAGUGACAAGUCAGUUGUUAGUAGUUAGUUACUCACUGGCAAUCUGUUGAUUGAAAAAGUGACAUGUUUAAUCUCAAACUCAGAAAGUAUUUAAUAAAUUACUCACGAAACACUUCUGGUACUUGUCUACUUUAUUUUUUACAAAUAUUUCACCUGCGAUUCCUGAUGAACACAACAUAAGGUUUCAGUAAGUUAAUAAAAAACAGUAUGCUAUAUAAUGUACAUAAUGAAUUAGCGCUUCAGGAAAGCGUGUCUUUUCAGGAAAGCGUGUCUUUCAGACAAUUUUCACUAACUUUUUUGUUUUUUUUUGAAUUGGGGAGUGCCCCAACCUCCACCUAGGUUACCCCCAGAAAAAUCUUUUCACCAUAGUUCAUCCAUCGAAAAGAUCAUGUUCACAUUUUAAUCAUCUCAUUGGUAUGCUUCUUAUGUCUAUUGGUCAAAUAACACUCACUAUAUUUGGCCUAAAAACAAAAAUUUUAGUUUACACCCAAAGCUAUAACUGACUGAAAAAACUUGAAAACAUCUCAAAUGACACCCCUCUCUUAGAAACAUAAGCCUUGUUUAGAUUAAAUAUAUUAUGACAUGUCAAUUAUUUUUUUAAAAUGUUAUUUAAUUAUGUGUUAAAUUUAAGUAACUUUAAAAGUGUGUGUGGUGGGGGUGUCAUUCAUUUUUUUAAGUGGGUGGUUAAUGGAAUUGUCAGAUUAUAUUUUUUUAUGGUGAAGGGCUUUGACAAAUGUGAAAGUAAACAAGAAUCAUGACUUGACAAUAAUCUUAAAAUUCUGCUUUCAUAAUUGUUACUAAACAAUAUUGUAGUGAUGCUGGUUGAUAUUAUGGCAGGAAGUCUCGCACUGAUGUACUUUCGUUUUGUUCCCAAAGAGAUCCAAAAAAUAUAAAAAUCAUCAUUUUUAUACCAGUAUCACCUUUUAUUUUUUUUUAAAUUUUAACCUUUGUGUAUUUAUUUAUGGUUUAUAUUAGAUCUAAAUGAGUAAAAAACUAAAGAAAAAAUGAAAGUGGAAACUUAACAAAAUAAUUAAAAAUAAAAAAUGCUGAUAUUUUUCAAUUAGCCAUAAAAGACACACUGUUUCAUAAUUAGCUAAUAUUUUUUCUUUGGGUCAUUGCUAAUAAUUACAGAAAUAUAUUUUUAUUUGUGACAUCUCACCUAGUGUUUGGUUAUUAUUAUUAUAUGUAUAUGGGUAGCUCAUUAUAUAUUUAACUGCAGUUAAGUGUUACCAUCAGCUUUGAAUUUCAUAAGGAUAUUAAGCAAAGCUGUGGCCGUCUGCAAUCGCUCAUUACAUUUUUAAAAAAAAUAUUUCUGUAUGAUCAGGUAGAGGUUUUCCAAAGAGAGCAAGACAUCAACUAAUUGUUGAAGCUAAAUUUGAUGGAGAAUUGUUAGCAACAGAUCCAGUAGCUCAUACUGAAGUAUUAGAGAUCAAUCAAGAAUUAGCAUGGGAGUUAGACAGGAAAGCUCUACAGCAACAUCGCUUACAGAGGAGCUCUAUAAAAAUCCAGUGUUAUGCCUGUGACACUGAGUCCACAAUGAAAGAAUUGGUUGGCUAUGUUGUUCUAGAUUUACGAUCUGCCUCUGCAAAUAAGAAGGUAUGCAUUGUAUGGGAGGAAAAAAAAAGUGAAUAGCUGUUGCUAUUAAACAUAAUUUUAAUAAAAGUAAAAAGACAGUGCAAACAUUAUUUUAGUAAUAGUAGUGGAUGUUACUGCCAAAGGAGCUAGAAAUUAUAACAGACCUGGCCUCUUGAUUUCAGGUUGCAAAGUGGUGUCCACUUCUACAUAACAAGUACCAUAAGACCAAGGCAGAGCUCCAGCUUGCCCUAUAUUUGGAUGAAGACAGCCAACAGCAACCAGGACCUACCCUUUCAGAUACAGGUUGAUCACAAGACUAUUUCUAACUCUUCCCUUUUGAUCAAAUUAUAAGAUAAGAUGCUUUUACUAAUCCAAAUAAAUGGAAAUUUGUUUUGAUUGCAUUGCACAUAUUGUUUUGGGAAGUCACUGAGAAUUUGCUGUUGGUUCCCCAAAAUUGGUUAUCAGAAAAAGCUUUUGGUGAAUCAUUGUGUGGUCAGAAUAGGUGUUACGGCUUGAGUGAAUCAUUAUGUGGUCAGAAAAGCUGUAAGGCUCUUGAGUGAAUCAUUGUGGGGUCAGAAUGGCUGUAAUGUUCUUGAGUUAAUCAUCGUAUGGUCAGAAUAGCUGUUCGAUUUUUGAAUGUAUAGCUGUGUGGUCAGAAUAGCUGUGAUGUUCUUGGAUGCAAGUUUACAUUUGGAACAGAGUAUGUAUUUGUGCGAACUGAGUUCCCGGCUUUUAUGGAUAAUCAUAAUCUCUGUAGCCGACUUGUUAACUUUACUACCAUUAAUAUUAAACUUUCAAAUUUCUUUAUAAGUUGAUUUUGUAUGAUCUAAUGAUUUUCUGUUUUUUCAUCUUUUUUUUUUUUCUUCCUCAGAAUCUGUUAUAGCUCCAAAUUUGGAAUUGAAAUCCCUUGUUCCUGUUCUGAAUGAGGAAGAUGGAUAUUACCAAAUUGGGCCGGCUAAAGUUUGCAAAGAGCAAUUUGUCCUUUCCGUCACCAUAGCUUAUGCUAGAAAUUUACCACACGUAUGCAGCUUUUAAUACUUUAUUAUUAAUUUCUUUAUCAUAAUGUACAAGGUUUGCUAUCUCAAUGUUUUUAGGGGAAAAUAUUUUUUAAAAUGUAUUUGUAAUAUGCUAUGAUUCUAGAAAUAGAUUUUGGGUUCCUGUGAAAAAUGUGUAGAAAGUUUCAAAAAGUCCAUUCUGACCCUAUCUUUACAAUACAUCCAAGGUGGCAUCAGAAAGUUCUAAAAGACUUUGAAGUGGCUGUGCUGUUUAACAAAUACCUAAAAUGGUUUGCCCAGUUGUGUUGUUCUUUCUACACUGGUGUAUUUGUCAAACAUCUUCAACCAUUUUGUUCAUUUUUUUGUAAUGUUACAGUGUUGUUAAUGCAAUGAGUUGUACCUUUGUGCCUUCACUCCUCAGCUCAUCCCCAGCACAACGCCCCUAAGCUCAAGCAAUGGAUUUUUUUUCUAUUACUCUCUUCUGGGCAAUGAUGUAACAAAUGAACCCUUCUAUGACCUGGUCAGUCCCAACUUCCCUGCUGAGAGAGCCUCUGUAAAAAUACGCAGCAGUGUGGCUGCUCUUAGGUCUUUCUUUGCCCAUCAGCCAGGAUUACAAGUAGGUAGUCCAAACUAAAGAAAAAAUGCGUUUUACAAGUGAGAUUAAUAUAACUUGUUCCCCUCUGUUAUUCAGUGAUGGCUGUCAUUAUUUCAUAUUUGUAACAUUAAUUGUUAAAUACUUUUAUCUGUUGAUGUAACUGCUUAUGUCUGGAACUAUUUGCUAUGCUCAGGUGUGGGGUUUACAUUAGAUCCCAUUGGGCUAGCUAAAUAUACAUGCAGUGUGUAUUUGCUGCAGAAUUGUCAAGAAUUUAUAAUUAAUCUUUUUAUAUGAAUACUUAAUAUCUAUUUCCUUUAGCUUCACCUGUGUUGUGGCGAUCAGUCUCUUGGAAAUUGUGAAAUACCUUUAAAAUCACUUCUAAAGACAGACAGCACAGAGAUUUACAUGAGACCUGUCACUAUUGAAGGUUCAUUUCAGGUAAAAAUAUUUUAUCAAAAUGUUCUCUUUUUAAAAAAAAAUAGUUUGUCAGUUUUAGACAUUGAAACCUGUGUUACAUUUUAUUUAGGAAAUUUUAAUUACUGGUAUAUAAAUUUUUUUUACAUAUUUAUCUCAUUUAGCUUUACCAAACAAAUAAGCCAAAACAGCAAGUGGCGGCUUUGCCAGCAACAACACAACCCAGCGUAGAAGUGUCUGUAGUUCUUCGCAAAGAUGACAUGGUGAGUUUAAACUAAAUCAUAUGUUUUAGAAAGAAAAUUGUGGAAUGUGUGACCAUAUUAAAUAAAAAGCGUAGUCUUGGUUGUUUUUGUUUUUUUGUUUUAAAGUGCAUGGCAUGCAAAUUAAAAUAGUGAUUUUUAGAUCAGCUCAGAGCUUGAUAAUUUCAUUCUUCAUGAGUAGGCUUAUUUCAUUUACAGUGGGUCAUUCCGACACUUUUGUUCUAUUUGUUUGUUUCCUUCACAAUUAGGCACUAAUGUUUAAGUUAUCUUUUACAAAUAUUGAUUGUUCUCUUAUAUCGACUGUCUUGAAUAAAAAUAUUAAGCAAAUAUUUUCCAGGCUGUGAAAAGUCCUUCCAGAGAUAACCCUCAAUCAGCUCUUGUGAUAGGAGCACCAAGUUUAGAGACUCGCACAAAGUCACCAAAGCACACAAAAAAUCAUAAUCAAAACAACAAAGUAAGAGAUGACGAUGAUAAACAAAGAGAAAAAGAUGAAGCCCAGUACUCUGAAGACACCUUUGAAGAAGAUACAGUAUCACAAGGACAAAAAAUUAAAGGUGAGGUGAUCACUAGUUUAGUUUAGUAAGGAUCUGGUCCAGGGUUGGGCAACCACUGACCAUCUGAAGCUUUUACUGCGGCCCACAAAACUUUCUGGGAACUGGAUUGUUUUAGUAAAAUGUACAAAGCCUUUGAAAAAUAAUAAUCACAGUGUAAUUGUCAAACUGUAAUAAUAAUAAUUAUGGAAAAUGUCAAAAUUAUCCCACUGCUUAUGUUCAAACUUAUUUUCAAUUUAUUGUCUUGAACUCUUAGAUUCCUAGAAAAUUAUCAUGCGCCCCACCAAAGAUUUUUUUAAAUUUCCAUGCAGCCCUCUGCAAAAAAUUUUUUUAAUGGUUUUCUACCCCAGGUCUACAUUAAAUAUCAUACAACAUUAAUAAUCUUUUCCCUUUAAAUUUAUAGAAAAAUUUAAAUUUUAAAAAAAAAAAAAAAAAUUAUGAUGGUUUGUGUCAAAUAUCUCUUAUGAUUAUUUUGAAACAAAACAUUACAUAUUUUUCUAGCAAUUAUGAUGACUCAUAGGUUCACAGAGGACUUUAAUUUGAGUAUAAAGGACUUAAAAAUCAUUCAAAGGCAUUUUAAAAAAAAAUUAUAUUGUCACAAACAAAACAUUAAUUAUAGACGAUGAAGAAACGUGUUUAAGGAAACCAUGAGAUUAUUUUGUUAGGCAUUCUGUUUUAUAAAAAGAAAUUUAUAUUGAUCAGAGCUUGCCAAGACAAAUGAAAAGGCUGCUCCUGUCCCACUAGGACCAAAAGCACAAAAACAAAACCUUUCACCAGUACGGGACCAGCCAGUUUACAUGACACAUAACACAAUAAGUAAGUAAUAAUUUUGUUGUUCAGUAACAAGUUAUUUAUGUCAAUUUAAAUUGAAAAGAUUUACUUUAACUGUUAUCUGACAAGGCUUAGCAGAUACCCCCUCACCUGACCUCUAGGACUCUGGUUCACAUUAUUAUAAAUUUCAAAAUAAAAAAUAAUAGUUAAUAGUUUUUGAUGCACCUGUUUGAAAAAGGUAUUGUCUCUAUAUUUCCCACAGCACUUCCAAGCAACAUGAGUGUUCCCCCACAAGCUCAUCAUUUUACAUUCAGCAUAGACUUACGCAGCAUCAGAGACAACCACUCAACCAAUACAAUAAAUAUCUUUCUCAGGUUAGGUACAUCAUUAUUUAAAAUCCAUCUUGACCAAACUACCAUUCCAUCUAUGUCAAACACAUUAGGAAUUGGAAUGAUAGUUUUGGGCGUCUUGUGGUAAUGUUUAUUAUUUUUGUUUUUAAUUUUUCUAUGGUUGUUUACCUUUUUAAAAUUUUAUACUAAAAAUUCUGGAAAUUCCCCUCACACAUUAGAUCAUUAAAUUUUUUUUAAAAAUCGAUUAGUUUUGUUUAAUAAUCACAAUUUAUUAUUCCAGGUACAUCUAUCCAUUCUUUGGCAGUGCUGCCCCAAUUCUCACUCACCCUCCAGUGGAAAUACGAAAAGGUUCAGAGGUGCUUCUUCCACAGUCAUUUUGUGCCUUUGAUUUUGCUUGCACUGUACAGCAGUUGCAGGACACUUUCACUAGGUUAGUUGAAAGAAAUUUAAUCUACUUGAAGUGUUUUAAGGUCGCACAUUUUGCAAAAGUUAUUUGGUUUAAAUAAAUAACUUAUUUAUUCAGUCACAAACUGCUAACAAUUGUCGUUAUGAAAUUACAUCAUUUGUAUAACACAUUUUCUGUGUCAGCUUGUCUUAAUUUUUGUCCUUUGAAUUUAAAGCCAUGAAUUUUGGCAAAAUAAUGUUAAAAACAUUUGAUUUCAAUUGGGACUGUAUGUGCUUGUCAUUAUUUUCUGUUUAUUUAUAAAUGUAACUUUAUUUACCAGGGUUCCUUUGAUUGUAGAGGUCUGGCAUCGAGACAGACAGCUGUCACAAGAUAUUCUUGUAGGCACUGCCAAACUGCCUUUAAGUUUGGUCAUUUCUUCUGACAGAACACGCUUGAUGGUAAUUUAUUAAUUUUUUUAAAGGAAAAAAAAAAUCUAUGUUGUUUCAUUUUGAUCCAUUCUAAGUUACAAUCCUUAGAAUCUUAAUUAUCAUUCUAGGGUCUUCCUUGUUAGAUCACAUCCCAGUUAUAUUAUAAUUCAUCAUUUAGACUUUCACAUUUAAAUGGUACAUUAAAAAGAACAAAAAAUUCAACACUAUUUAAUACAGAACUAAUAAUCAUAGGGGCCAACUAUAAAAGACUUACACGCUUCUGAAAAGGUUUUGACACUGCUAGCGCCGCCGCUCCCCCCCCUCCCCCCCUUUUAAAUCCCGCCCCCCCCCCCCCCUUUUAAAUCUCACAAAAGGUUAGACACCCCUUUGCUACAAAUCAUCACAAUUACCUGCCACGCCUUCCCAGAUGCAUGACGUCAUUUUUGGAUAGUUUCAAAAGAAACAAAAAUCAUCAACUAUUUACAGUUAUGCUUUAGGAAUGACGUAAAUACUUUAGGAAUGGCAUAAUACUCCACUUCAAGUCAACAUUGAAACAUUUUUGCUCUAUUGUGAUUUGCAUAGUUAUGGUGAUUUGUUUGAUUCCUCGUGCAACUAUUUUUGUUUUGUCAGAGUUCAGCUGGAGUGACAGGUUGGAGGCAGGAUGCAUCUGACAGAGUGGCUGUUGUUUCUGCAGAUGGGUAAAUGCAAUGUUUUAUUUUCUCAUUCUUUUCCAACCAUCCGGUUAGUUUAUUUUACUAGAUGUCAUUUUGUUACUUUAUAUUUAUUGAACUGCAACAAUUCCAAAAACUUAUAUGGAAGGCCCAAAAAGUUUUUUUUUAAAUAAUUGUGGCUUUAUUGAUGUUUAUUUCUCUAUAACAAUUAACAUGCAAAACUGUCUUAAAAAUUAUGCUCUUUUUUCCCCCCUCCCCCCAGAAAAAUGGACAAAUGUGCUGAAAUAAGUCUAGUACUUAGUUUAGAGGAUUGGGGUCCCAUAAUACCUCCCAACUCAGCAAAACAGGUAGAUAUCUGCUUUAUUGUAUCAAUUUUUUAAAUCAUAUGUUUGCUGAUGCAGAUCUGUUUACUCUUACCAUUUUGAGAUGACUUUUAUUACUGUGCGCCAAGACCUGUCAGAACUAGGAUUUUACGAGGCAGAGUAAAAGUAUAUUCCCUACUGGUUUCUACCAUUUUUAAAAAAAAAAUAAAAAUUCUCUGUUAUUAGUUUUAGCUCUUUUCUACACCUGGCGGUGAAUAGACAGGGUAUUACAAUUGGCUGGGGACCACAAUUAUAUUACGUACGCACUGAGAAGGGAAAGGGGUGGUGUUGACUUAGAAGCCUACAGAUAUGCAUGGGAGGGGUAUUGUGAUUCAUCUAAAUAUUUGUCUAAAUAUUUUUUUAAGGCUAUAACAUAACACCACCACAAUGUUUGUAAUGAUUGUAAUAUUUUUGCGUUGUGUUUUCACAAUGAACUUGCUAGAUACAGCAACGGUAAUAUUUAGCGUAUUCCCCCAAGUGACCAAGGGCUAAUUUAGUAAAUAUUUGCUUUUGUCUGCCUUGGUUCUGUAUGAAGUAAUUUUGUGACAUAAUCAUUUCUUUCUUUGCUUACGCCGGGAGCUCCUAGGCUUAAUGCAGGGGUGGGCAAACUAUAUGAAGGUAUAUGCAAGGGUGCAUUCCUUCAUUUUUUAUUUAUAAGCCCCAUCCCACUUUUGCAAGGAUGAAUUCAGCUGUCAUCCUCAAUUUCUGCUCCCCCACCACAUCUUCGUCUAUCAAAGUGGCAAAUGACUGGUACCUUUUUAUUUGCAAUAAUGCACUGUAUGUAAAUAUAUAAACAUCAGUCCACUUCUUUGAGAAGUGACCUCUAUAAGACAUGUGAUUCAAAUAGUUAUUGUAUAUAACUUUUUUUGUAUGUAUAUUUAUUUUACUAUUACAAUACGAUACUGUACGAUUUUGAGAUGGUAAAGUACUAUUCUGAGACUAUAUUGUACUAUUUUGGGAAUUCCAGGGUAUCCAGGUCUGCUGAUAAUCUUUUUUUAAGUUGGACUAGUCACUUAUUAGAUGACCAAAAAAAUCACAAAAACCACAGUAUUGAAAGAAAUAAAAAUUUACUUUGAUUACUUGGGUAUUAGGCCAAUUAAUUGUUAAAUGAUGAGGUUUGUUUUAGGCAUUCUGGCUUGCUGUUUAUUGUAUUACUUUUGAGCAACUAGUUAUUCAUAACCCGUAAUUAUAUUUUUAAUUUAUUUUUAUUUUUUAAUUGAGAAUAAUGCAGUUUCUGGGGCUUCAGGCUAUCCAGCUGUGCCAUCACAGUCAUCAAGUAGUGGUGGGUUGGCUGGCGCAGGGGCCAGCAGUCCUAGAGCUUCAGCUGAAUACCAGGCUGCGAUGGAGUUGGAACUGUGGAAAGAAACUCAGGAGAGAGAGUUUGAGAAAAAGGUUUGCUAUAUUGAAAUAAAGUGGGGUGGUCCUUUUCUGUGUAGUUAAUUUUUUUUUUAAUCCAUGGCACCAGCCUCACAUAUGACCUGAGAUCAAGAUAAUAAUUAUUAUGUUCAAUUCAUAUAGCAGUUUAAUAAAUAUAUACCUUCAGAACCCAAUCAUAGUUGCCUCAUAGAUUGGAUGCACUUUUUGUAUAUCUAACAACAUCACAGGAUGCAUUUUGGUCUUCUAUUCGACAAUGAAAUUUUUCAGAAAUCACUUUUGUGCUUUUUGUCUUAAAGGAUGCCCUACUUAUUUGGAAAGAGGAAUUUUAUAAUAAUAGAAAUAUAUUAUCUGAGCUGGGUUCAUUGUUCAGAAUAGAUUGCACUCUGCCAGAUACAGUUAAUUCUUUAGAUACUUUUCCCAGAGCCCGCUCAACAAUCUGUGAUAAAUCUUAUCACUCUUCUCUCUUUUAGUUAAAACUAAAAGAAGCAACCUACAUGAAAGCCUUAGCCGACGAGUGGAAAAAGCGAGACACAGAACGAGAAGUGUUAACACAGAAAACGGUAUUGAUUUUUUUUCAAUAACUUUAAAAGCAAAUUUAACAUAUGAUUACUCUUAUAAGUUUUCCCAGCAUAUUUGUUAAACCAUUUUUUUUUUUUUUUGGUAACAUUUUUAUAUUGUAUAAAUGUUUUAACAUUUCUUUUACAUUGUUUAGCUCACAGAAUACAAGAACUUAGAAGACCAACUGAGAAAAACAUUAACACAGAAAACGGUAUUGAUUUUUUUUCAAUAACUUUAAAAGCAAAUUUAACAUAUGAUUACUCUUAUAAGUUUUCCCAGCAUAUUUGUUAAACCAUUUUUUUUUUUUUGGUAACAUUUUUAUAUUGUAUAAAUGUUUUAACAUUUCUUUUACAUUGUUUAGCUCACAGAAUACAAGAACUUAGAGGACCAACUGAGAAAAACAUUGACAGACCUGGAGAAAAGAGAGAAGAAAUUGGCCAUUAAUGAACAUGAGGUGACCUACAUUUUUAAUUAUGGAUAUUUUUUAAUAAUAAAAAAUUUAAUUUUUUAAUGUGUCAUUAUACUAGUGGAAACUUAUUUAAAAAUGGUACAAGUGCUACAAGUAGAUCUUUUUGAACAACCAGUACCAAAGGCAAGUGUGACAAGCUAUAAAAAAAAUGUACAGUUAUCAAUUUCAUUGAGAAAUUUUUUUCCUGUAAAAUGAUUUUAUACUUCUAUAGCAUGUAUAGAAAUUGUUUCUUCUUUAAAUUAAAGGUGAUGAAACUGAGGUCGGACUUACAAAGAGAGCAUGACAGAAAACUUCAGGAGAUGAAGGAGGCAUCAAGGAGAAUGAAAGAAGACUGUGAUCACCAAGUGGAGCUACAAAAGUUGGUUUUAGUUUAACUUUGAUCAAACUAAAAGAUUACAAGUUAUACAGAGGUUGGGACUACAAUCCCUUCAUUGUUUUGGUGUAUGAUUGUUACAUAUCCAUUUCUUAAGGCCUCACAACAUACAUUUUUAAUGAAAACUUAAGAAUAUAAAAGGUCUUUGUUUACCACUUCAAAAUACAACACAGUAAUUGAAGUAUUCUUUACUACACCGUUUUGUAGUUUAAGAUGACAUUCAAGUGCACUCAAAACAACAGUUCAUUAAAAUAUGCUGUACUGGCCACAAAAUACUUCACCGAAUUUAUUGAGAACUUACCAAAAUAACAAUCAAUUCUUCCUUGAAAGCAACCAUCUUAAAAAUUCCAAAGGACGUCACCCAAUCAAUAUUCUGUCUUAACAAUGUUCAUCCAAUCUGAGUUUUACUGAUUUCAAUGUUAACUGUUCUCCAACAAUCACCCCCAUUUAAAAUCCCUACUGUGUGUUGAUCUAUAGGUGUUUCUUAACAGACACCAUAUAUGUGGGUAAUUUUAGCAUUAAUUUUGUUCAAGUUUCUUUUUGAAGAAUUCAAAACAAAUUUUUCUAACACUAUAAAAAUUAUUUUUCAGAAUGAAGCUGAAGGAAGUGGAAGAAAUAACCAACAGAUACAAGCAAGAUGUAAGAUGAUUAAUUCUUAUCUUGUCAAUUCUAAAAUGGCAUGACUUUCAUAUUCUAUAAUAUUAUGAGGCUUAGAGUGUUAUGGAUGGUCAUAGUAAGGACAGAAAUCUUUAGCCGUCAUGUUCCUUUAACUUUAAACAUUGAGGAUUUUUAGCUAAUGAAAUUUAUCAGAAUAUUACAGCUUUGAUGUCGACUUCACCAAGGUUUGUUGAAGCUCUAAUAUAAAAUCAUUUUGAAUUAAAAAUAUUGCUCUUCAUUAUAAUUUAUUCAUCUGCUGCUUGUCUUUUCUCCAGCUCAAUGAAAGUGAUAAAAGAUACAGAGCAUUGGAAAGAGAAUUUUCUUUGUACAAAGAGCAACAAACCAAAACUCCUGAGGUCAGGCUGCAGUCCGAGCUUAACUUGAUGAAUAUGGAGAAGGUGGGCAUUUUCUUUCUUUGUAAAGGAAUUUUUUUUAUUUUUUAUGAAUGAUUGAAUCCAUGUUCUUUUCACUGCAAUAACUUUAAUGUAUUGUUUACUAUAUCGUGCCACUUGAUAGAACAACUGGUCGUGAUGCUUACAAAUUUAACAGUAUUAUUUUAUUAAAGCUCAUUUUAUAAUCAGAUUGAGCUGGAAAGAAAACUUGACGCAGCCAUAAAGUCCAAACUACACUACAAGCAACAGUGGGGGCGUGCACUCAAAGAAGUAGCCAGGCUUAAGCAGAAGGAACAGGAUGUUGCCAAAGCACAACUUUUGGUCAGUGAACAAGAUUGCAUCACAAUGUUUAAUCUCUAUAUCAUUACUCUUCACAAGUAGUAAAUUAGUAUGGGUGUAUAUAGAUGUUUUUCCCAUUACAGUUCAUGAAAUAUUUCAAUAAAAUAGGCAGACACUUGGAAAUGGAGUUUAACUAUAUUAAUUAUUAUGGAUACCGGUACAGAAAGUUGGUACUUAAAAAUUUGGAUUUUAUACCUUUUCUUAUUAAAAUUCUUGUUAUCUUAGCGCCAGCAACAAGAACUUGAGCAUAUGAGGUUGCGCUACCUUGCAGCAGAGGAGAAAGAAGUUGUCAACAAGGAAAGCCGAGAACUGGAAGAAAUUAAAAGUCAAAUCAAUAAGUGAGUCUUAUAUUUCACAAUUUUUCUUCUUUUUUUUUUUGGCCACAAAUUACUUGAAAUCUCUGAAUACUUUUGUUAGGUAGUUAAAAUCUUCAAAAUAUCUAAGAUAUCAGGCAUUUUAAAAUCACCAAUUUAUCAAAGUAUUUGUAUUGUGCACUAAUUUUUAUAUUAUUGCAGACCUGUUUACUCUUACGAUUUUGGCGUACAAUGUAUGAUUUUGAGGUGUAUACAUUAUAUAUACUGUAUUUUUAUUUUUUACUAUUAAGAUAAUGUAUUGAACGAUUUUGUGAUGAUAUUGUAUGAUUUUAAGAGUUUGUGGGUAAACCGGUUCUGUAUUGUCAUCAAAUUUGCAAACUUUUUAAAAAGGUGCGCUUAUUACUGUAAGCAAUUUUUUUUUAGCUGGGGAGGUUCACCCACUAGUCUAAACUGUUUAUAUUAUGUCAACAGACUUAAGCAGAUGGAGGAGGAACGCAUGCGCAACACAUCAGACUCCAACCAAAUUCCCCAUGUGAAGGAUGCCUAUGGUAAACCACUUAACAUUGAUCUGGACACUUCUGUGGAUGAGCACGUUGCCAGGCUUGUUGAAGAGAGGGACACUCUUCUGAGAACUGGGGUAUACACAUCACAGGACAAAAUCAUAGCCGAGUUGGACAGACAGAUACGAGAGGCUAUAGGUUUAAAGGGUAGCUAGUAUUCUUUUUAUAGUGCUGUUUCCCUAUUUAUUGAAAUGAAAAUUAUUUCAAUGAGAUGUUAAGACUAUCACAAAACCAAACCUCUUUUGAAAAUGUAAAAAAAAUAUUUUUUAAAGAGUUGUAUGAUCUUUUUGAAAAUUUUAAAACAUUUUUACAAUUCACACUAAGUUGCUAUGAAAUCAAAUGAAAGCAUCUUUAUAGUGAUGUAAGCAAUGAUCCGUGUACAUGAGCAACUGACAUUUCUUCUUCUUCUAUAUAUUAAGGGUCCACGAUCAAUUUAUGGAUCAUUUUGGCUUCUAUUUUGUGCAGGCUUAAUUAAAGGACAAGUCUAAAAUGCUCUCUUGACUUUUAGAGUCUAGAGCAGGGGUGGGCAAACUACUGCAGGCCGCAACUGAUAUUAUGUGGCCCUCGAAGGCAUUUAGAUAUAAAAAAAUUACUUUGUUUUAAAGUUAUUUUGUUGAAUUUUACAGAAUUUCAUGUACCGUUAAGGUUAAGAUUGUUUUAACACUUUUGAUCAAAUUUCUUUCUUUCUAAUAUUCUAUUUUUUUAAACAGUCCUUGACAUUUAUUUGUCAUAGAUGCUAAAAUGCGAAAUUACAGAUUUUAAUAUAGAGAAAGGUUUAUCGACAUGUACAAAAUGGACACAAUAUACAUGCGGCCCCCCAAUAGCUUUACAUAUGUUAAUGUGGCCCUCCGCACAAAAAGUUUGCCCACUCCUGGUCUAGAGUGAUAAAUGGAUCAGUGUGCAAAGGUCAUGUUAAGUAUAUCAGUUUUAAUCAAAUUUGAUGACAGAUCUAUCUAAACUAUUUUAAAUAGAUAUUUCAAUGAAAUGGUUAAUUAAGCUAGAAAUUUGUCUGAAUGUGGUUUAUCCUCAAUUAUUAGGUUAGCCCUUUCAAAAUGUUAAAGUUACAUUUUCAGUAACAUACAGUCAGUUACUGUGAUUGUACUAUUUUUAGAUCCUGUAAAUUUUCUUGUAACUUGUUUCUGAUAAUAAUUAAGCAUUUGAGCCCAAUAAAAAGGCAAAUAUGAUUUUCAAAUGUAUAAUUCUCUCUUUAUCACUCUCUUACAGAACUCCCCUGUCCCAACCCCUCUUCCAUGUCCGUCCAUGUAUUACUUUUUACUAACUGUAAAUUUGUACAGCUGUUGAGUUAAGUGAUGUAAGAUCAUAUUAUAAAUUUGCUUCAAAUUGGUAAAAAUUUAUUUUAAAAAGCAUCAUGCAUUAUCUCAAGACCAAUAUUGGUUUGAAAAGGUCACAAAGUUAGCAUUAUUAUAUAAACC